AUGGAUGCCGGAGUUUGGAUGCAGAUAAUCACUCGAACUGUUAUCUUUUUCCUGGGAAUCCCAGGUAAUAUCUCCAUCUUGCUGGUGUACAGGAAACGAAAGACAGGUGGAAGCACCCGAAUAUACAUCAUGGCAAUCGCUGUGGUAGAUCUAGGAGUUUGCUUGCUCAGCCCCGCUAUCAUCUACAACAGCAUUGAGACAUACGCAAACAUCAUUUUCUGCAAGCUUUUCGUUUUCGCUUAUGUCUCUCUCGUGUUCCUAUCUCUUUUGCUGAUGGUCUUGAUAGGAAUCGAUCGUUACUUCAAGAUUUGCCAUUCAAUCAGAAUCAAAACCAGUCCCCGACGAGCAAAGCUUACCGUGACUAUCUGCACAAUUUUUUGCUUCGGAUUUAAUACGCCAUUUCUACUCUUCCUAACCUUGAAGAAGCAGGACGACGGUGUCAUCUGCGCGCAGAGCGCUCAAGGUGACUUUCAAGACAUUACUACGAGUACCAUUUAUCUGAUAGCGUUCGCGAUAGCGUUUGGUUGUUAUGGACUGAUUUAUAGGAACGUCAAAGGCCACUCUAAAGUUCGGGCACGCAUGUUUGGAGCUCCGGGUUUGCAGCCAGGUGGAGCGGGUUCAACGAUGAGACCUCAGCCCAGUGGGUCCCGUGUCGCUCCUUCUGUAACCAACACUGCAGAGGACCACAUCAGCCACGGAAUCUCAAACGAUGGAGCGUCUACAGUUCCUUCUGUCUCGGGCUCCAUUCAUCUUGACAAAUCUGCUACCCUGCACCCCGACAGACAAGCUUGGAAGGAACAUGCUGUCAACAGUGUAUCAAACAACAACGCCCUCUCGCAACAAAAUAUUGCAUCCACUGCUCAGAAUGAACGUGGUGAAGGAGAUAGAAAAGGGAAGACCGAUAAAGUGAAAUCUAAAAGAGCACCUCUUGAUAAAACGACGAAGAUGAUGCUAGCCGUGACGGUGAUUUACUUCCUUACGUGGGUUCCAGAGAUUAUUAUUGUGACCCUCUUCGAGCGAUUGAUUUCUACAGAAUUGAACAACGUUUUUGUGGAACUCAUCAUAGCUCUCUUGCGGGAUCUGUUUGCAGUAAAUCAAAUCAUCAAUCCAGUUAUAUAUGGACUUAUCAACAAGAAGUUUAGAGAGGAUGUUUUGAGAGUGCUAAAGAGGUAG